CGUUAUGUUGAGGUGAGACGGCAGAGUGCGUCUCUGCUUGUUAUUAUUAUCCUCCAUUGAUAAUAACCGUAUCUUAGGCUUUUUUCAAAUUUGCCGUUCUAGCAGCAUCUGUGACCUACUGAGUCUACUUGUACACUUGAACGUCCUAUUCAGGCGUCGUUUUUGGUGAGUGUAUCGCCAUGUUAACGUCGGUUCCCACCAGGCUGUUAGCUCGAAGGUCGCGUAGCUUGUCACCGUGUAGCCGGGUCCUCCAGACCAGCACUAACGGGGCCUCCUGUCAGGCUGUUCAAGAGACGACAGCUGAAAACAACCGCAACCCCAUUGUGUCAACCUCCCGGGUAUCCAAAAGAGGGAUUUUGGCCGAGGACGCUGCUAUUAGCAGUGUCAGCCCAACUGUGCAGUAUCACCAUCUUGCCCCUAGAUGGCUCUCGAGUCUAGAGAAUCGCAGAAGUUCCUGGGCCGCGCUGGUCGACAAGGGUCGCAAUACUAGUCAGUAUUGGGAGGAGAGUGGGCGCAAUGAUGGCGGUGAGGACCAGAACUCGAGAGGAAGAGGAAGAGCCAGCCGGGCUGGUGUGGCCUCUGCUGGUGUGCUGUCAGCUGCUGCUGUGGCCUUCUGUCUGAAGAAGGAUUCAGACAACAAAGGUGAUGCUCUGUUGGAGGCAGCAAGGACCAAUAAUGCCCAAGAUGUUGUCAGACUAUUAGGAGAAGGGGUCGACCCAAAUCAUCGUCACCGUCUCGGUUGGACUGCUCUAAUGGUGGCUGCAAUGAACCGACAGCACAGCGUGGUGAAGGUCCUGCUGGAGGCUGGUGCCGACCCGAAUGCUGGAGACGACUUCAACAACGUUUAUGACACCUCAAGGGAGAAAGGCAUUCACUCACUGGAAGUUCUGGUGUCAAGAGAGGACGAGUUCAGCAGCAGGCUCAGUAGCAGAGCUGGUUUCCGUGGCUGCUCAGCACUUCACUACGCAACUCUGGCAGACGAUCCGCAUGCUGUCCGCAUACUGCUGGAGUCUGGUGCCAAUCCUCUGAAGACAAAUGGUCUGGGACACACAGCACGAGCCUAUGCAAAAGAGGGAGAAGUCAGCGGCUUACUACAGGAGUGGGAAGGAAAGUUUCAGGAGGCCCAGGCUCGCAGGGAGGCAGCGGAGAGAAGGAGGUUUCCCCUGGAGAGGAGGCUGAAGGAGCAUAUCAUUGGACAGGAGGGAGCCAUCAACACUGUAGCUUCAGCCAUCAGGAGGAAGGAGAAUGGUUGGUACGAUGAAGAGCACCCUCUCGUAUUCCUCUUCCUCGGCUCUUCGGGAAUCGGGAAGACGGAGUUGGCCAAACAGGUGGCUCGCUACAUGCACAAGGACGUCAAGAAGGGUUUCAUCAGAAUGGAUAUGUCGGAAUUCCAGGAAAAACAUGAGGUUGCAAAGUUCAUCGGCUCCCCGCCUGGCUACGUGGGGCAUGAGGAAGGAGGUCAGCUGACCAAGCAGUUGCGAGCGUGCCCCAAUGCUGUCGUGCUCUUUGAUGAAGUGGACAAAGCCCACCCUGAUGUGCUAACCAUCAUGCUGCAGCUCUUUGAUGAGGGUCGUCUUACAGAUGGGAAAGGAAAGACGAUAGAGUGUAAAGAUGCCAUCUUCAUCAUGACUUCAAAUGUAGCAAGCGAUGAAAUCGCCCAGCACGGACUGCAGCUUCGACAGGAAGCCGAGGAGGUCAGCCGCAGGAAGCUGGCAGAUAAACUUGAGGACGUUCAGAAGGGAGAUGACAUCAAGAUCUCCAGACAUUUCAAAGAAUCUGUGAUCCAGCCCAUCCUGAAGGCUCAUUUCCGGAGGGACGAGUUUCUUGGACGGAUCAAUGAAAUUGUUUACUUCCUGCCGUUCUGCCACUCGGAGCUACUACAGCUGGUCAGCAAAGAGCUCAAGUUCUGGGCCAAGAAGGCAAAGCAGAGACAUGACAUCACAUUGCAGUGGGAUCGGCCGGUCCUGGAUCUGUUAGCAGGAGGUUAUAACAUGCACUAUGGGGCCCGGUCCAUUAAAUACGAGGUUGAGCGGCGGGUUGUAAACCAGCUGGCCGCUGCCUACGAGCAGGAGCUGCUGCCCAAAGGCUGCACCCUUCGUCUCUGUGUCCAGUCAGAAGGUCAGGAGGAACAGAGUGCGCCCAGUCUCCGCCUGGAGGUGGUGGGAGAGGACAGCUCAUCCCGAACACUGGACAUCCGUCCUCCUCUCAGUCCAGAACACUGACGCACAUCACCCUCGUCAUUGGGAGAAGACGUUUCCCGGAGAAGUACCUCACAACAUCACUGCCUCUCGGUUUGACCUGCAAUAUUCACGCACAUAACCACUCAUAUUGCUGCGAAGGGCUCAGACGGAGUAGUGGGCAGGACGAAUGAGAAAAACUUUGUCUAAUGCUUCUUCUUGAAGUCCUGACAGUGAUUUUCUCUGACAUUCCUUUUUGAAAUCCAAUGAAAAACGGGUUAUGUAACCUUUUAAACCACAGUUUAAACAGAUAAUAACAAUGAAUUGAGAUGCUUGCACAUUGCGUGGCAUUUCAAAGUGCUAAAAUAAGCUCUGAAAGAAGUACACUGGCCAGAAUAUCACACAUCAUAGAGGGAAAAGCUGUUCUUUCUUGGCCAAUGGUUUAGUAUAUGCAUAUGGAGGAACAAACAAACAUAGUAGUGUUAAUGUGCUAAACCAAAUAAUGCUCAUGCCAGUCCUCAUCUGUGCAUCUACACCAGCCAUCUUUUCCUCUUGAACAGGUCAAAACUCUUUCUGACCAAAGAAAGAAAGAUGAAACACGUUGAACUCAAUUAUUCACUUUGUGGUGCAAUAUUUGAGCUGGUCACACCACGAUAGUCAAGAGCAAAAGGAUUAUAAGAAAUAAUAUUUAAACAGUGCUAUGUUAAAUUAAAGAUGGAAUUGUGACAGUGGCCCCAGAGACUGUGCAGCACCUCAUCUGUGAGCUUUUGAAAAGGUUCACGAUUAGCUGUUGUAGCUCGUGAUUGUGUUACAUUAGAAAUGAUGUUGUAACAUAGUUUCAUAUUUAUUAAAGAAAUCUAUUUGAGAGAACACGUUCUGCCUCGUAACGUGCGGAGAGUCUUGUGUCAUAGACCAAAGAUUGUUUGCUUCAGACGCCUGCAUGUUCACUUUCAGUCUGUCGUGCAGGAAGCCAUCACCAGCGCUGAUCUAUGUUUGUACACAGUCAUUUCUUGCGCCGGUGGGGAGAAUUACAGGCAGAAACCGGAGCCUUUGUUUGUAAAAUAUGGCUCGUAUAACUGCCUUGUGAAUUGUUUAUGUUGAUGCAUGCUAAUACGAGGCCAAAUCUUGUGACAUUUAGAGGAAUUUAGAGGCAUUAAGAAACAAUAUCCACUGUGUCGUGUCAUAAAUGUUUGAACAGCAAGUUGACAAGGCGCAAAAUAAUGUGCGAUCCAGCCGAAUCUGUCAUGCUCUGCCUCUACUGUGUAAAUAAAGUCAUCAACAUGGGGAAAAAGAAGGGAUUCCUCUUGUUCGUCUGACACGCCUGAUGGAUGUGUGUGUGUGAGGGAGACAUCAGUGCCUGGGUGGGAAUCCUGCAACAAAGACGCUUGUCCACCUUGUGAGACAACAUGACAGAGGAAUUUCCUUGGAAUGCUGCUCACUGUGGGCUCGGUGUGGGACAUCAGGAGGGAGUGGAGACACACUCGCUUGGAAUGAAUGUUUCCCAAUGGGGAUGAAUUAGCAUGCAGGGCAAAAAAGACAUCUCCCUCCUUUUACAGGACCCCCAACAGCUUCCUCCUGUCAGCUGUAGGCUAC